AUGCUGGGGGCGUUGGAUCACACCACCACCGAUGCCCUUCACAGCUUCCACGAUGCGCUACAGCGGGCGCAACAGGCACUCCAGCAGGAGGAAUUGCGCCUUGCCCAACUCACACAGACAGUUCGUCAGCAACAGGAGAGCAACCAGUCCAGACGCGACGCGAUCCGAAGUCAACAGCAACCGCGCCUGGAGGCACUUCGACGGGAGAUCAUGCGGGUCCGCUCUCUUUUGGAACGACAGAAGGAAGAGGUGGAGGCACAGCAGCAGCACGUUGAGGCGGUUCGGCGGCCGCGACGCGAUGCAGAGGCCGAGAGCCAUGCCCACAAGAACUCUUUGCAGCAACUGCAGCGGCAGUACCUCGUCAAUUCCGCUGCUGUGCAUGCCGAGUUACUGCAGUGGUGGCAGCCACAGAACAGCCUCUUGUCUCUGGAGGCGCAGGUGGCGCGUAAAAGGGAGGAGGCGGCGGCCCUUCAGAUGGAUGUACAGACGCUACAAGAGAUGUUGCGUGAGUACACAGGGGAGCAUACACUGGGGACAGAGAACUCGAUGAUGGAGACGGCGAAGGACGAGAGAGACGGAGGAAUGUACAUAGCACAUGCGGGCGAGAAGAAGGAAUUGGCAAAUGACAAGGAGAACAGCGAUGAAAGGAGGAACUUACCGGCGUUGUUGGAGCAGAAACUCCUGCAGCAACGGGAGGAACGGGAGACAUUUGUGCGUCACUCUACCGAAACACUGACGCUGCGGCGCGAGGAUGUGGAGCAGCUGAAGACUCGUCUCAAACAACUCUGCGUCGACGUGGAGGCGGCGGAUGCGGCGCAGCAGAUGGCUCAGCAGGAGUUUCACAGCGCUCUGAAUCAACAGAGCGACACGCGGGCGCUCUGCGGCGUCUGUGGGAAGGAGAUUGUGUGCUCCUUCGUCUCGUAA